CAACCCGCGCACACUCUCCCCCCCCACGGCCGCAUCCCCCCAGUCAGCCCCUCAAUCCAAUUGACUGCACAGCCAGCAUGGCCGACGUUGCAUCUUCCGCCGCGAAGACGGCCACCACCAACGGCUCCGCCCCACAGGGCAAGCAGCACGUUGUCAAGCCCGAGAAGCCCGACGAGGAAAAGUACAAGGCCGACCUCGCCAAGGCCGAGAAGGAGCAUGCCGCCGCCCAGGAGAAGCUGAACGCCUGCAAGGCCAAGCUCGACCUCGCCAAGCCGAACAACAAGGACUCGCCCAAUGCCAAACGCCAGCAGGAGCUCAAGACGGAACUCAACGCCAUCCGCCAGACGCAGCAGGGCAACAAGUCGGGCCGCAAUGCCAUCUUCGAGAAGAUCAAGAAGCUCGACGAGCAGCUCAAGCAGCAGCUGAACGAGCUGAAGACGGCAAAGGGCAAGUCGAGCUACAAGUCGGUCGAGGAGAUUGACUCGGAGAUUGCGCGCCUGCAGAAGCAGGUGGACGGCGGCAUGAUGAAGCUGGUGGACGAGAAGAAGGCCCUGGCCGAGAUCAGCUCGCUCAACAAGGCCAAGAAGAACUUUUCCGGCUUCGAGGCCCAGCAGAAGAAGAUUGACGACAUCAAGGCCCAGAUUGCCGAGCAGAAGAAGCUCUUGGACGACCCCGAGAACAAGGCCCUCAGCGACAAGUACACGACGUUCCAGACGGAACUCGAUGCUCUCAAGGCCGAGCAAGACGAGGCUUUCAAGAACCUGCGGACGCUUCGUGAGCAGACGGACAAGGCGCGCGCCGAGCAGCAAGACAAGUACCAGGCACGGAAAGACCUCAAGGACGCCUACUUCCAGCAGCUGCGCGCAUUCAAGACGUAUGAGUCCGAGGCCCGCAAGAUUCGCUUCGAGAAGAGGCGCCAGGAGCAGCUCCAGUACGUUGCCAGCAAGCGCAAGGAGGCCGCCAGCAAGCGUCUCGAGGAGGCCAGCACGCCCGCCUACGGCGACGAAAUCAUUGCCGCCGAAGGCCUGAUCCGUCACUUCGACCCCUCUGCCCUCCCUCCCAAGGAGACGACCGCCGCCAGCAAGUUUGCCGCCUCGGCUCAGCGCACUGUCGACGAGUCUGGCAUGAAGGGCACCCGCAUAUCCAAGAAGGACUCCGAGGAAGAGAACUACUUCAUCGGUACUGGUGGAAAGAAGGGCAAGAAGGGCAAGAAGGGCGGUGCCAGCUCUGCCCCCGCCAAAUUCAACCUUAACAUUGGCAUCAUCGAAGAGCUGGCCAAGGUUGGCGUCGAGGCUCCCUCGAGCCAAGAAGACGUGCCUGCCACUGUUGAGAAGCUCAAGGCCAAGCUUGCGCACUGGAAAGAGGACCAGGACCGCAAGACCAAGGAGAACAUUGCCAAGGCGCAAAAGGAGAUUGAGCGUCUUGAGGCUGAAGAGGCCGAGGAAGAAGCAAGCGGUAGCACUGACACUGCCCGCAAGCCUGCGCAAAAGAACCAGGCCGUCAAUGGCAGUGCCUCGGCAGAGGCGGAGCUCGCCCAAGAGCAGGACGCUGCCGCCGACGCUGCUGAGGAUCUCAAGAAGGCGUCGCUCGAGGACAAGGAGGCUCCGGCUGACGCAUAGAGCAUACGGCAUGCCGCUUGUCACCAGGGGUCUAGCCCCUCGAAAAUUGGGUCACAUAUCCGAGACAUCUGCACAGUCUAGGAUCCAGCCCGCUUUUUCAUUUUUAGCUUGGAAUCGGUACAUUCUCCGCUGUUGUUUACAGGAUACCAACUUGGCAUUGGACGGGGUCACGGCGCGGAGUACGAUAUUCUUCUUCUGGAUGUACAGCAGAUCUAGAUGGCCAAUAUCAC